AUGAUAAUGCGUGUUUCCGACAAGGGAAACUCAAAUGUCACUCUACAAUCAGAUGGCGUAGUGGACGAGGUCAUCCAUGCGAUCGAUAACGCCAACGAUGAAUUGAGGCGCUUGAACUUGGAGAUCUACAACAAUCCUGAAGUUUUGUUCCAAGAGACCAAGGCAUGUAAAUUACUGUCCGACUGGUUCGAGGCAAAGGGGUGGUCUGUGAAGCGGGGUGUCUAUGGCAUUGAAACUGCAUUCGAGGCUCGCUUCUCCCUACAUGAAGGAGGAAGAAUAGUGUGUUUCAACGCAGAAUACGACGCCCUCCCCGGCGUCGGCCACGCCUGUGGACACAACUUAAUCGCAACUUCCACAUUAGCGUCGGCAGUAGGCGUCGAAGCCGUGAUGAAAGCCCAUGAUUUGCCGGGAACCCUAGUGGUAAUGGGCACGCCCGCCGAGGAAACCGGUGGUGGAAAAUGGAUCAUGGCCAAGAACGGCGCAUGGAAAGGCUUCGACGCCUGCGUGAUGACGCACGGCAUGCCCGACUUCAGCACGCCAAUGUGCCUCACCAAAGCCUCCUGGAAGAUGCGCGCCAGAUUUCACGGCAGGACCGCACAUGCUGCGGCCGCGCCGUGGACAGGUCGCAACGCUUGCGAUGCUAUCGUACAGGCGUACAACGGGAUUGCUUUGCUGAGGCAGCAGAUCGCGAAGAAUGAGAGCGUGCAGGGCGUCAUCCUUGAGGCGGGCAAGGCGCCUAAUUUGAUUCCUGACUAUGCUGAGGGCGUCUUUAGUGUGAGAGCGCCGACCUCGCCGAAGUUGGAGGAGCUGAGGAGACGAUUCGACCCAAUUUUUCAUGCCGCUGCCGCAGCAACCGGAUGCACUGUCGAGCUUGAAUGGACUGCCCUAUACGAGGAUGUAGUGACCAACGAAGCACUAGCGGAACAAUAUCGCCAAUACAUGAUCCAGCAUCUAGGCUUAUCCCCAAAGCAGAUGUUGCCGUUGAAAGAAGCAGCGAUAAAGCACGACCAGUCGGGAAGCUCCGACUUUGGCAGCUGUAGCUACAUCUGUCCCGGAAUCCAGGCAAUGUUCGAUAUUAAUGCUGCCGAUCUACCACAUUCGGCCAAGUUCAAGGAGGCAGCUGGCUUGGAAUAUGGACAUAGGGAGGCACUGCGCGCUGGCAAGGCGAACGCGCUAAUCUGUCUUGAUGUUCUAAUGAACAAUGGGUUUGCGACAAGAAUGAAGAACGAAUUUAUAGAGGCCAUGAAGCGAGCCGGUCGCUGGGAAGACGAGGCAUAG